AUGCAAAGCAUGAACCUGAAUCCCAUUAACGGGCCCAAUCCUGGGCAAUCCCUGGCGCGUAGGGAUUACCGUGGCGUUGCCUCGAGUCAGCCUAGUUCUGCGCAGCAAUUGCAGACAAGUGCUGCGAAUACUUUGCUGGCAGCGAGUGGACCGGCGCCAAGUCUGCCAAAUCCCAUGGCUGUACCAUUCAACGCCAACGUGCCCAGCAACAAGAGUCCGGCGAGUGUAUUUGGUGGCGUGGCGACAGCACCCAAAUUGGUCACUAGGCCACCAACCGAGCAAAAACUGCCAUACGGCGUCCCAGCGCCAACGGCAGCUGGGCCGGAACCAAACAACAAUGCACCACGUGCAGUGCAGCCAACGAUGCCGCCAACAGCGCAACGACCGCCGCUUUGGCAGCCAGGCGUUGCUGCCAUGCCCGCCAAUAGCAUAAUGCAGAGUGCUUUGGGAAAUUCACAGGGAUUUAUGCCGCCUCCGCUGCCAGCAAGUCAAAAUGUGCCAUCACAGCAGCAGCAGUUACCUGCUCCUGGAAUGUUCGGAGCACAGCAGCAACAGCAUGGAAAUGCACCGCUGCAGUAUCAGGCGCAGAAUGUGCAGCAGCAGCCGCUGAGCGUGGCACAGCAGGGUUUCAGUCGACUGUGGGGUCAAGACACCAUUGAUCUGAUGCAAAACAGGCAUAUUCUAUCGCCGGCUACGAUUGCACCUCCAAAGGUUGUACUGCACAAUCAAUUCCACGAGUCCAUCAACUGCAGUGGAAGCAUUAUACGCUGCACCCUGGCAAAAAUCCCGGAAAGCAAUUCGCUGCUACAGAAGUCACGGCUGCCAUUGGGCAUUGUCAUUCAUCCAUUUCGUGACGUUAACAGCCUGCCUGUGAUACAGUGCGUCAAUAUUGUGCGUUGCCGCCUGUGCCGCACGUACAUUAAUCCCUUUGUCUACUUUGUGGACAGCAAAAUGUGGAAAUGCAAUCUCUGCUAUCGCGUCAAUGAGCUGCCCGAGGACUUCCAGUUUGAUCCGGCUACAAAGACCUACGGUGAUGUGACACGACGACCCGAGGUGCGGUCCAGCACUAUUGAAUUCAUAGCCCCAUCGGAGUAUAUGUUGCGUCCACCACAGCCGGCGAUGUACUUGUUCCUGUUCGAUGUGUCGAUCAUAGCGCAGCAGAGCGGCUAUCUGGAGACAGCUUGCUCAGUGCUCAAUCGCCACUUGGAUGAGAUGCCGGGCGAUGCGCGCACCCAAGUGGGUUUCUUAUGCUACGAUAGCUUUGUGCACUUCUACAGCAUGGCCGAGGGCCUGAAUCAACCGCACGAGAUGACUCUGCUGGACAUUGAUGACCCCUUCCUGCCGCGCCCAGACAGUUUGUUGGUCAAUCUCAAGGAAUGCAAGGAACUGGUUAGGGAUCUGCUGAAGCAGCUGCCCAAACGUUUUGCUCACACCCACGAUCCUGGCUCGGCACUGGGCGCGGCCCUCCAGGUGGCCUUCAAGCUGAUGCAAGCAUCGGGCGGUCGUAUAACGGUAUUUCAAUCGUGCCUUCCCAACAAGGGACCCGGAGCGCUGGAAGCGCGCGAAGAUCCCAACAAUCGUUCGGCCAAAGACGUGGCACAUCUGAACCCAGCGACUGACUUCUAUAAGCGUUUCGCUCUCGAGUGCUCCGGCUAUCAGAUUGCAGUCGAUCUGUUUCUGAUGAACCAACAGUAUAGCGAUAUGGCCACCAUAUCUGGCGUUAGCAAACACAGUGGUGGUUGUGUGCAUCAUUUUCCCCUGUUCCAGAAGACCAAACAGCAUAUGGUGGACUCUUUUAAGCAGUGCUUCAAGCGCUAUCUCACCCGCAAGAUUGGCUUUGAAGCUGUGAUGCGUUUACGUUGUACACGCGGCCUGCAGGUGCACACAUUCCAUGGCAACUUCUUUGUGCGCAGCACGGAUCUAUUGUCGCUGCCCAAUGUUAAUCCGGAUGCGGGCUAUGGCAUGCAAAUAUCGUACGAGGAGAGCCUCACCGAUGUGAAGACUAUUUGCUUCCAGGCCGCGUUGCUCUAUACGAACAGCGAGGGUGAACGACGUAUACGUGUCCAUACCAUAUGUCUCCCGGUGACUGCUUCCCUGCCCGAGGUAAUGCAUUCUGCUGACUCGGAAGCUAUUAUAGGAUUGCUCUCCAAAAUGGCCGUAGAUCGUUCGACAGCGUCGAAUCUAUCGGAUGCAAGGGACGCCUUUAUCAAUGCGACCAUCGACGUGUUCAAUGCAUUUAAGAUUGCACAAAAUCUUCCCUCCGGCCAGAGUGGUCAAUUGAUAGCACCACGCAGCUUGGCCCUUCUGCCGCUUUACAUUCUGGCGCUGCUCAAGCAUCCCGCAUUUCGCGUGGGCACCAGCACGCGUCUGGAUGAUCGCGUCUUUGCCAUGGAUAGCAUGAAAACGUUGCCACUGGACCAGCUCAUGAAGUACAUCUAUCCCGAGCUGUACAAAAUAGAUGCACUCGUCUACCAUGUGCGCAACUCUAACAUAAGCUUAACACAGGACGAAGAUUACGAUGAUGACGAGCUGCUGCCUGAAAUGCAACGUCUUCAAUUGUCCGCGGAGCAUCUGGACUCGCGCUCGAUAUUCCUGAUGGAUUGCGGCACGCUGAUAAUGCUCUAUGUGGGUCUUAAUGUACCCACAGAUGUGUUGGAAGCUUUGCUGGGCAUUCGUUCGACUGCAGAACUACCCGAUUAUGUAUAUGGUUUGCCAAACGUUGUCAGCGCCGAGAGUGAUGCUCUGAAACGUUUUAUGUUGCGUCUGAAUUACGAUAAACCCUAUCCGCCUUUAGUGCAAAUUAUCAGGCAAGCCUAA